AUGGCGUUUCCUCAGCCUAAUGCACAAAGAGAGUUAACAAACAGGAAGAUUUUAGAAGAAUUACAAUUAAAAAAGCAGAUGCUCCUCAAGCAAGGAGCCGUUGCCCCACUAACUGCCACCACUAUUUCUCUGACCCAGUCAAAUCCUGUCAGCCAGCUGCCUAUGUGCUCUAUACCACCACUCUCUGCGACUGCCGGAUACCCACAGUUACCAGAAGCAAAUAUAGUAAACACAAGCCACAGGGCAGCACUACAACACGCUAACGCGACAUCUUGUGGCUACUUCGUUUCUCAGGACUCUUCUUUUGGAAAUCAAAUAUUACCUGUUCUACCCCGUUUUGAUAAAUAA